AGUUAGGAAGUGACAGGAGUGAGGUCAGCCCAAGUCUGCUGACUCCAAGCCCAGAGCUCUCUUCCCCUAACGGCAGUACACGGGGCACAUAUCCUCACCACGUAUGCCUUAACCCUAGUUGGAACUUUGCCUCCAACCCUCUUCCUGUUUUCUUGGCUGUAUUACAAAGAAGACUUUUCACGCAGCAACUCCAGAGAGAACCGACGGAGCGUCCAACAGCCAACGCUAAGGAACGCAGCUGCCCUGCAGCCGGCAGCCACGCACUCGUCACUCCCCAGUCGAGUGGGCGGUUGAACUGGCGCAUGAACCCGCCUGGAGGUUGUAACCCAGAAUCUCAGCCCAAGCCAAACAGAAGCGGAACCGGAAGUCGCUGUACGUCUCACGGUUGCUAAGAGACGGAGCGUCCACAAACCAGAUAGAGGUUCUCCAGCUUUUCUUCGAUUUCUCUGCUUUAGCAUCUCUAAAUCCGGUCAGCAUGUCGGACCCCGAAGGCGAGACCUUGCGAAGCACGUUUCCCUCCUACAUGGCGGAAGGCGAACGGCUCUACCUGUGCGGGGAAUUCUCUAAAGCUGCGCGGAGCUUCAGCAACGCUCUUCAGCUUCAGAAUGGAGACAAGAAUUGCCUGGUUGCUCGCUCAAAGUGCUUCCUGAAGAUGGGAGACUUGGAGAGAUCCCUGAAAGAUGCUGAAGCUUCACUCCAGAGUGACCCAACUUUCUGUAAGGGGAUCUUACAAAAGGCGGAGACACUAUAUACCAUGGGAGACUUUGAGUUUGCCUUGGUAUUCUAUCAUCGAGGCUACAAGCUGAGGCCCGAUCGGGAAUUCAAAGUUGGCAUUCAGAAAGCCCAGGAAGCCAUCAACAACUCAGUGGGAAGUCCUUCUUCCAUUAAGCUGGAGAACAAAGGGGACCUCUCCUUCUUAAGCAAGCAGGCUGAGAAUAUGAAAGCCCAGCAGAAGCCUCAGCCCAUGAAACACCUCUUACACCCCACCAAGGGAGAGUCCAAGCGGAAGGGCUCAAUCAAGAGUGAGAAGAUUGUCCGCCAGCUUCUGGGGGAGCUCUACGUGGACAAAGAAUACUUGGAGAAGCUCCUAUUGGAUGAAGACCUGAUCAAAGGCACCAUGAAGGACGGCCUGACUGUGGAGGACCUCAUCAUGUCUGGCAUCAACUACCUGGAUACUCACAGCAAUUUCUGGAGGCAGCAGAAGCCGAUCUACGCCAGGGAGCGGGACCGGAAGUUGAUGCAACAGAAAUGGCUGCCGGACCACAAACGCAAUCCCUCACAGACAGCCCAUUACAUCCUCAAGAGCCUGGAGGACAUUGACAUGUUGCUCACAAGCGGCAGUGCCGAGGGGAGUCUUCAGAAAGCUGAGAAAGUGCUGAAGAAGGUACUGGAAUGGAACAAGGAAGAGGUAUCCAACAAGGAUGAACUGGUUGGAAACUUGUACAGCUGCAUAGGCAAUGCCCAGAUUGAGCUGGGGCAGAUGGCAGCAGCCCUGCAGAGCCACAGAAAGGACCUGGAGAUCGCCAAGGAAUAUGACCUUCCUGAUGCAAAAUCGAGAGCCCUUGACAACAUUGGCAGAGUUUUUGCCAGAGUUGGGAAAUUCCAGCAAGCUAUUGACACCUGGGAAGAAAAGAUCCCUCUGGCAAAAACCACCCUGGAGAAGACCUGGCUGUUCCACGAGAUUGGCCGUUGCUACUUGGAGCUGGACCAGGCCUGGCAGGCCCAGAAUUAUGGCGAGAAGUCCCAGCAGUGUGCCGAGGAGGAAGGGGACAUUGAGUGGCAACUGAAUGCCAGUGUUCUGGUGGCCCAGGCACAAGUGAAGCUGAGAGACUUUGAGUCAGCCGUGAACAAUUUUGAGAAGGCCCUGGAGAGAGCGAAGCUUGUGCAUAACAACGAGGCGCAGCAGGCCAUCAUCAGUGCCUUGGAUGAUGCCAACAAGGGUAUCAUUGGAGAACUGAGGAAAACCAACUACAUGGAGCAUCUCAAAGAAAAGGGAGAGGCAGAAGCUUCACUGUAUGAAGAUAGAACAGUAAUAACAACAGAGGAGGACAGGAGGAGAGAGAGAGAUGAGCCCGAGAAGGUGGUACAGCAGUGGGACCAUUUUGAGGAUGAGAAAGAGACGGAUGAGGACGAUGAGGCUUUUGCUCUGCAGAGUACAACAAGCGGACAGCACAGAGUGGAAGCAGGAAAAGCCAGAAGCAAUUUGGGAGAAGUUGCCAAGGGCCUGUCAGGAGAAUUAGGCACGAGAUCAGAAGAAACAGGCAGGAAGCUACUAGAAGCUGACAGAAGAGAAUCAAGAGAAAUUUACAGGAGGUCUUCAGGAGAAUUAGACCAAAGACUCUCAGGAGAAUUCAGCAGACAGGAACCAGAAGGACUAAAGGAACUUUCAGAAGUUGGCAGAAGAGAGCCAGAAGAACUGGAAAAAACACAAUUGGGAGAAACAGGAGAAAUGAAAAAAACAGAAAAUGAGAUGAAAAAAGGAAUAUGAAUGAAACCAUCGGUAGGGAUGAGGAUCAGGAAGCUGGUGUCCAGAGGGAUCAUCGGAUCUGAUUAAACUGGAUUUUCAAGCAAUUUAUCUGUAAUAGGAAAAAUGAGGGUUACACUUCUGCUGCUUUCUGUCACUGUUUUACCAUUAAAUAAGUGUCUUUCACUCUUGCAAA